GUGGAACCGUUGCGAGUUUGGAGAUCGGCUAAUGCGCUGCUAUAUAAUUUUUCUGGGCAGCCUCGAAUCCGCAUCUGAGCAACUGUUGAGGUUCCAGCGAAUGCGAUAGAAUAGCACUGGGCAUUUUCUUUUCGCCUUGCAGUCAAUUCUUUCUCAAUUGGGCCCACUGUUAGGCUUGAUUAUCUGAAAAGCUAAUUUUUCUCUGUAUAAACUGCUUCUCACAUGUCCAACGCCUCUAAACCACCUUCCUGGCUCUUUUCCAACAACACCAACAACAACCCUUCCCAAAGCAAGGAUCAAUCGAGCAAUUCUUCUAGCACGAACAAUUCCUCCAACGGCGAAAUGGCAAAGUCAAAAACCCCUGCCGCCGACAAGGGCGCAGAAGCCCAAGAGUCUUCUGCCCAGCCUCCCGCUCAGCUCCUCGACCUCGUAGAGCAAUUCCUCUCCGACAACUCCUUCAGCAGCGCCCUCAGCGCUUUCAAGAAGCAGCGAUCGAAGAAGGGCUGGGGCGAGGCGUCUGAAAACACCAGCGGAAGCACUCUCGUUGCCGUCUUCAAGGCCUGGGAGAACUCGGCCAAGGCCCCCGCUGACCGAGAUGUCGACAUGGACGACUCGAGCAGCUCCAGCUCCAGCUCAGACAGCUCCAGCUCCAGCGAGAGCAGCAGCAGCGAAAGUGAAAGCGAGAGCGAAAGCGAGGACGAGAAGCCUGCCUUGGGCAAGAAGAAUCUGAAGCGCAAGGCGCCUCCCAGCUCGAGCUCUGACUCCAGCUCUGACUCUAGCUCGUCUGAUUCGGACUCCGACUCAAGCUCUGAUUCAGACUCUGACGACGACAAGAAGCCCCAGGCAAAGAAACCUCAGGCAAAGAAGCAAAAGGUUGAGGCCAAGCCCACCCCGAGCUCCGACUCCGACUCUGAUUCCGACUCUGAGAGCGAGUCUUCCAGCUCAGAUGAGAGCUCCUCGGACGAGAGCUCCUCAGACGAGAGCUCCAGCUCAGACGAGGAUUCCAGCUCCGACGACAGCUCCGACAGCGAGUCUGAAGUCGACGCCAAGGAGGCCGCCAAAGUGCCUCUUCCCGAAUCUGACUCGGACUCAUCCUCUUCAGACUCUGAUUCAGACUCCGACUCCGAUUCCGACUCGGAUAAGAAGCCCAAGGUCAAUGGCGUAGCCAAGACCAAGUCCGAGGCCAAGGAAUCUUCCGACUCUUCAUCCUCCGCCACUAUGGAUUCCGUGCCCAACCCUCCCCUGCCUCCUAACCCAUACGACCUCAAGAAGGAGAAGAAGAAGAACGAGCCCUUUUCCCGCAUCGACAGGAACAUCAAGGUGGACCCCAAGUUCGCCUCCAACGAGUAUGUGCCCAUCAGCUACUCCCAGCGGGCUCACGAGGAUCUCAUUGUCACAAAGGGCAAGGGCUUCACCAAGGAGAAGAACAAGAAGAAGAGGGGCAACUUCCGUGCUGGAGUGAUUGACAUUACUGAGAAGAAGGCCGUCUACUUUGACGAUUAAGUAGAGAGAUUGAGAGAAAUGAAAAAGGAGAAAAGAAGAAAACAUAUAGAGAGAUCUGAGGGAGAAAUACAGUAUAUGUGUGUGUGGUGCGUAAAAUAUCCUAGGUGGACAGGUUAGCGUCUGGGGUUGCAUCAACAGCCGGUGUUUAGGGCGGCAUUUUGUCAUGUCUUUUUUUUUUUUUUUU